AUGUCGUCGGGCAGUAGGCUUUCCAAGGAACAGAAAGGGAAGGCUGUGGCGACGGAGACGAGCCCCGUACGAGUCGUCGACUCGACCCUGCCUUCUGAUUUUGAGGCGAUACAUCGUGAGGCCAUGAUGGAUACGACGAAUAUGGAUACGUCCCAGCGGGUCUUGGUCGCCGAGUCGGCGCGCCUAAUUCGCGAGGAAAGGGCAAACGUUGAGUCGGUUGCGCAAGAUUGUGCGAGAGAUGGUCGAGGUGGAGCCCACGACACAGAGAUUUCUCCUCCUGAUUUUGUUCCAUGCUGCUAUCAUCCUGAGGGGAUUUUCGAAGAUCUCCCGACGUUGGCACCGGGGCUGUUACGUCCUCCGGCCGUGGAGGGACAAUCGUGGGAGAAUGUUGAGGCGACUCGUUUGACUCCAAGCAGCGUGAAGAUUCUGUUGAGGGAGUGUGCUGGAGUCGGGGUGACUUUUCUGAUUCCAACUAAGACCCAGAGGCCAUGGUCACCCCCGGUGGGAUUCCAAUGUGUUUACGAAUCCUAUUUUCAGAAUGAGACCAGGCUUUGGUUCCCGAUCCCUAGGCUCAUCACGUCUUACGUGAGGCGUCGUGAUGCGGCGAUAAGUCAGUUCUUAAAUGGUUCAUUUCGUCUCCUGGUAGCAUUGUUAGUGAUGGCGGCAGAGAUCGACGUGUCGAUGAAUGUUCGAUCCUUCGAUGAGUUGGCGUAUCUUAAGUCGAUGGGGGAAGGGUUGUACUUGAUCCAAAUGAGGCCGAACUACAACGUUAUCGUCGGGAUCCCAAUAGGACGAACAACUGGCGGCGUUUUUAUUUCUACGUCAAGUCGGAUGAUUGAUCUUCCGGAUACGGCGGCUUAUCCCGAAGAAUUUAUAGAGAAUGCUCGGGCUCUCACACUGCUCCCUCAAGAAAGUUGGGAUAACAUUACUGUGGAAAGGAUUCGGCGAGUCAUCGACAGGAUCUCGCGAAAGGAUUGGGGAUCUGAUCUUUUGCCACUAGUGACUGGUCGCAAAUGUCGGUUUUCGUUAUUCACGAGAGCAGAACAGAGAAAGAUCACCACUGCAAGAGAGAUGAAGGCCCUUCCAGACUUAAUUGCAAUCAUCGGGAAAAGGCUGAGUGCCUCAUCUAGUGACGUGCCGUCGAGGACUCCUGACGGAGUUGAUCGCUGGGAGUCUCCUCCUGCGGUCAUUCGAACAACGCCGGUUCCGGACCCUGUCGGUUCCGAACCUUCAAGGGAAAGUUUUGUGCCAGAAGUCGACGAGUCGGCGCAAACUAGGAAGAAAGGAAAGAAGAGACCGGCUCCUGACGCAUCUAUCACUAUGGUUCAGGGGGGUUCAUCGGAAAUUGCUGCCGAGGUUCGUCAGGAUGAACCUCCCCAAAAGAAGAAGAAGAAAGAUAAGAAGAAGAAGCCUGCUGAAAAGGACCCGGUACCGAGUGUCGGGGCAGAGAAUCGAAAGCUCGUGGUUCACGAAGAGUCGAGUCGUGGUAACGGGGCUUUGACUGAUGACGGGUUGAGCAGUUUUCCGAUCGUUCCCUUGGAAAGGGAGAGAAGGGAACCAUCUGUUGAUCGAGGUUCCGACGGUCGAGACCAUUCUAAGACUCCCGAAGGGAGGCGCGAAGCAGAAGUUUCUCAAUCGAUCACUGCCACCACUCCUCGCCCUACGCCGUCGGCGCCCGGAGGCAGCUCUACUCGAAAGAAAGGUCCCGUCAAUUUCCCUGAUCACGUGGAGUUCAAAUACGACGGUGAGACACCGCUCGCCUACACCCCUGAGGAUUGCGCCGAGUUAGUUCGCCAAAUCCGAGGCGGUGCAAAAGAUAUGCGGUCGGUUAAAGACCUUAUCUUCAAGGAUGCUUAUGUCGAUGCGGCAAGGACCAAGGUUCUGGUAACCUUCUGUCUUUUUAAUGCUUCUGGUCCUGACGCUCAAUCUUUGUUUACGCAGAGUGAUGGUAGCAUGAAUUACGUCGUUGAGCUGUAUAACACGGCCUUGAAAGAAACUAUCUCCAAGUUGAAGAACGCUGAAAGGCUCGUGCGAGUGAAGGACUCAGCUCUUAACCGUAAAACGAGUGAGUUCAAAGCAGUGAUCGAGAAGGCUGAGGCAGAGCAGAGUCGAUUACUCGCAGGGAAGAAGGUCCAGAAGGCGAAGUUCACGGAGAAGUUUGGAGAGCUGAAGGGCAAAUUCAAGACUGCUGGCGAGAAGAUCAGAGUUCUUGAGCGAGAGAAAGCCUCUCUUGAGGAAGAGAAGGCCGCUUGGGAGAAGGAGAAGGCUGCUACGGCCUUAAGGCAUCUGAAUGAGAUUAACCGGUUGAGGGACUCCUGA